AGCAGUUUGAGCAGAGAGCUGCCCACAGCUGCUCAGCAUGCUCACCGUUUAAGAUCAGAUUGUAGACACCUCCACCUCAGAGCACAUCUGGACUAAAACAUGUGCAAGACAGGACUAAUUUAAUUCAUUUUUCUUUUUUUUUUGACAGACUUUUAUCAUGACCAUCAGACAAAGCAAAUGUGGGGCAUGUAAAUAGGGGUGGGUUGUGACGAGAGGAACAGGAAGAAUAGAGCUGAGAGGCAGAAGGUUGCAAUCCAGACACAGAGGGGGAGAUCUUCUUACGCUGGUAUGUGAAGCUCUUCACAGCAGGCUCUUUUUUUUUUUACCUACAUAAAGAUAUUGACAAGACAAGCGACCGAAAGAUGCUAUACCUUAUCUCUUGUUACUUCACAAGAUGAUACUGUGAGGAGAUAAAGACAUAAAAGAGAAAGAGUUUGACAAAGACAAUAAUGGACUGCUCAGAGACUAAAGUUGGGUUUUCAGAAGAGGAGCUGCUGGAGCCCCUUAUCAUCACCGAAGAUGAAGACACAACCACAGGGGAGGCGACAAGCAGCUCAGAUGCCAUUUUGCAAAGCUGUGGCAGAGACUCGGCUCUCGAAAAGAAAGAGGAACACUUGGGGGAGGACGAGCAUAAUGAAGCUGCAGAGUGUGGUGAAAUGCAUUCAGAGGAGCUAAAGCUGGAGGAGCCACAGAGCAACACGGAGCCUUUAGAGCAGCAGCACAGAGCAGAGAAUGAAAUGAACACAGAUGAUGGACUAAACUCAGAGAAAUAUGGAAGUGAAGAGGUGACAAAAGUUGAUGAGGAAAAGGAAGAGAAUAUGGAAAAUAAGCAAAAACCUGAAGGGGAAAAACAAGAAAAUGAAGAUGCAAAAAAGGCUCACAGGUUAACCCCCGACUUCCCAGACUCCCUGUUCGAGCUGCUCUGCACCCUGCAGGAGGGCCGGCGGCUCAACGACCAGCGAUGUUCCUUCAGUCUGGAGGGUGGGAUGAGGAGAAGGAGGUGCCACUCAGAACCCAACACCAGGAAACCGGCUAACAGAGUUGUCUUUUCCUCAAUGACUUCACUGCAGAAGGAAGAGUUUUUUGACCUGGUUGCCACGGCACAGGCCCGCCGGCUGGAUGACCAGAGGGCUCAGCUGGGCAUUUCUCUGCCUCCAAAGACAAAGUCCAGAAGUUUCAGAGGCAGCUUAAAGCAGCUGUCUUUAAUGAAAAAACCAGAACCGGCGCCUGCUCCGAAAGAGGAUUUAUAUGAUAUGAUCCUGACAACACAAGCUCAGGGCAGGCUGGAGGACCAGCGCAGCAGGGCUCCUGGCCCCAUGGAUGAUGAAGACUUCUUCUCCCUCCUCCUUAAAGUGCAGGGGGGGCGAAUGGAUGAGCAGAGGACUGAACUACCGCGCUUGCUGAAAACCUGAGACAAUUAUUAGAAACUGUUUGGCCAGCACUGAGAGCCGACAAGUAUUUUAGCCUUUUUUUUUUUUUUUGCUUUGAUUUCCUGUAAAAGCAGAGCUUUCUGAACCGUUGUUCCUCCUGAAUGUUAGCCAGUGUUAACCUUAAGAUUGAAGCAGAUUGAAGCAAAAAAAA